GCCGGAGAAAACCCUUUCUCCGUUUAUUUAAAAGAAUCAAACUUUGUUUUCAGAUCCGGUGGCUCCCUUCUUCUGAAUCCGAAUCUACCUCUCCUUCCUCCGCUGAUCUCGAAUACGCGUUUUUUUCUGGCUCCAUAAGAUGGGAGGUGGGUUUAGAGUGCUUCACCUGGUUAGACCAUUUCUCUCCUUUCUGCCUGAAGUUCAGACUGCCGACAGGAAAAUUCCAUUUAGGGAGAAGGUCAUAUACACUGUAAUUUCUCUGUUCAUUUUCCUCGUCUGUAGUCAGCUCCCUCUCUAUGGAAUACACUCAACAACCGGUGCAGAUCCAUUCUAUUGGAUGCGUGUUAUACUUGCUUCAAACCGUGGAACUGUUAUGGAGCUUGGGAUCACCCCCAUUGUUACCUCUGGGCUGGUGAUGCAACUGCUUGCUGGUUCAAAGAUCAUUGAAGUAGACAACAAUGUCCGUGAAGAUCGAGCCCUCUUAAACGGAGCACAGAAACUGCUUGGCAUCUUGAUAGCUAUUGGAGAGGCGGUUGCCUAUGUUCUUUCUGGGAUGUAUGGUAGUGUGGGCCAACUUGGAGUGGGGAAUGCUAUACUCAUCAUCAUUCAGCUGUGCUUUGCGGGUAUCAUUGUGAUUUGCUUAGAUGAGCUUCUUCAAAAAGGAUAUGGCCUGGGUUCUGGAAUUUCCCUAUUCAUUGCAACUAAUAUCUGUGAAAAUAUCAUAUGGAAGGCAUUUAGUCCCACCACCAUUAACAGUGGACGGGGUGCUGAAUUUGAGGGUGCUGUUAUUGCUCUAUUCCAUUUGUUGAUAACUAGAACAGACAAAGUUCGUGCUCUACGUGAGGCAUUUUACAGGCAGAAUCUUCCUAACGUGACAAAUCUUCUUGCUACUGUUUUGAUCUUCUUGAUUGUGAUAUACUUCCAAGGUUUCCGUGUGGUUUUGCCUGUAAGAUCAAAGAAUGCCCGUGGACAGCAGGGUUCAUAUCCCAUUAAACUAUUUUAUACCUCUAACAUGCCCAUUAUUCUUCAGUCUGCUCUGGUUUCCAAUCUGUACUUUAUCUCUCAGCUGCUUCACCGAAAGUACAGUGGGAACUUCAUCGUGAACUUAUUGGGCAAAUGGAAGGAGACUGAAUAUGGAGGUGGUCAGUCUAUUCCUGUGGGUGGCCUUGCAUAUUACAUUACAGCACCAUCUAGCUUGGCUGAUAUGGCAGCCAAUCCUUUCCAUGCUUUGUUCUAUUUGGUGUUCAUGUUGUCGGCCUGUGCCUUGUUCUCUAAAACUUGGAUUGAAGUCUCUGGAUCAUCUGCUAGAGAUGUUGCCAAACAAUUGAAGGAACAACAAAUGGUGAUGCCAGGACACCGUGAAUCGAACUUGCAGAAGGAGCUGAACCGAUAUAUCCCCACGGCGGCAGCAUUUGGCGGGAUCUGCAUAGGUGCACUGACCGUGUUGGCUGAUUUCAUGGGGGCAAUUGGAUCAGGCACUGGGAUUUUACUUGCAGUGACCAUUAUUUACCAGUACUUCGAGACAUUCGAGAAGGAGAGGGCUAGCGAGCUCGGCUUCUUUGGUUUCUAAGACCCUCUUCGCUACUAUAUUUCUUUUGUUAUAGACAUCCUUCACAACCUGUAAGGCCGGACGUAGAGUAGUUUUGCCCCUUUUUGUUAAUUUAUUCUUGCUUUUGUAUUUUUUUUUUCUGGAGUAGGCAAUUCCCAAGUAUAAUCAAACCAAAAAGUUUGUUUUAAUUCCUCAUACUUUCUAGUCUAAUUAUAAUUAUAAUUAUAACUGCGUUCACCGUUA